CCAGAUACUGAGGUGGUGGCUAACGAGACUGGCAUGGGACAGAGCUAAAGGAUAAACAUUAAUUACGUAAAUGAUCAAAACAAUCUGACAUAAGAGUUUACUUCAACCGUCUGGAGAGCACAAUAAACACAGUCUUACACACACCCAUGCUGCUUUGCCGGAUCGCAGGGGUUUGCGGUAGUGUUGCAAGAUGGGGUUCCCGCAGAGGCGUCCUUCACCCCGGGCUGUCUUACAACCCGAGCCGCUGUCAGAGUGUUGGGUCGUCGGGUGGGACCGCACAGCCUUCAGCCGUUCAGGGAGAAGGGAAGUACCAGGAUAGCGUGCUGCUUCCUCGGACCGAUUUCCCAAUGAAACUAACAGGACAGAAACUUCUUGACCGAGAACUGGAGAUACAGCAGCUGUGUCGGUUCCCCGAGCUGUACUCCUGGCAGAGGGAGAGAAAGGCCAAGAAGGAAUACUGCCUCCACGAUGGCCCGCCCUACGCCAACGGAGACCCCCAUGUCGGGCACGCUCUGAACAAGAUCCUUAAAGAUAUCCGGAAUCGAUUUGAGGUGCUACGCGGUAGGCAGGUCCACUACGUACCGGGCUGGGACUGCCACGGGCUUCCGAUUGAGAUCAAGGCCCUGGGGGACCUGGGUACCAGUGGAUUGACCCCUCUUCAGAUCAGACAGAAAGCUCGGGAGUUUGCUGAAGGGGCUAUCUCUCGCCAGCGAGCUGCCUUCCAGCGCUGGGGUGUGAUGGCCGACUGGGACAAAUGCUACUACACCUUUGAUGGGGAAUACGAGGCCAGCCAGCUCCGCGUCUUCCAGGAGAUGCACAGCAAGGGUUUGAUCUAUCAGGACUAUAAGCCAGUGUUCUGGUCUCCCUCUUCUGGAACAGCCCUGGCUGAGGCUGAGUUGGAGUACAACCCUCAGCACGUGAGCCGGGCAGUCUACGCCACCUUCCCUGUCAAGACCCCGCCCCCCAAACUGGCUUCAGCUGCGGAGGAAUGGGGCAGCGUGGCUGUGUUGGUAUGGACAACCCAACCCUGGACACUCCCAGCCAAUCAGGCUGUCUGUUACAUGCCUAAUUCACAAUACUCUUUGGUGAAGAGAGGGGACAAUGCACAACUCCUCCUAGUGGCCACAGAGCGUAUUGCAAACCUUGCUGCAAUGCUGGGAACACAGUUGGACACCGUGGGUUCCUUCACAGGGUCAGAGCUCGAGGGCGGGGUCUGCCAGCAUCCUACAAUCCCCGACAAGGAAGUACCGCUGUUGCCCGCCAAUCACGUGACCAUGGGCAAAGGAACGGGAUUGGUCCAUACAGCCCCUGCCCACGGGAUGGAGGACUACAGCGUGGCCUCGCAUUUCAAACUGCCUGUGGAGUGCAUGGUUGAUGAGGAGGGCAAGUUCACAGAAUUGGCUGGCCCUGAACUCCAGAGUCUGUCGGUGAUGGAUGAAGGAACAGACACAGUGAUCUCCAUGCUGAAGGCAGCCGGAGCUCUGGUGAAGGAGGAGGACUGUGUCCACAGCUACCCGUACGACUGGAGGACCAAAAAGCCCGUCAUCAUCCGCCCCAGCAAGCAGUGGUUCAUCAACACGGCCAGCCUGAAGGACAAGGCCAAGGACGUGCUGCAGAAAGUGCAGGUGAUGCCGGAGUCGGCGCGGGGCAGCCUGCUGACCAUGCUGGACAGACGGACGUACUGGUGCAUCUCCCGACAGCGGAGCUGGGGCGUCCCCAUCCCCGUCUUCUACCACAAAGAGACAGGGGAGCCCCUUAUCAACAAGCACACCGUAUCCCACGUGGCCAAGCUCUUUGCAGAGAAAGGCAGCGACUGCUGGUGGGAGCUGCCGCUGGAGACCCUGCUGCCCCCACAGGUUCUGAAGAAGAGCAAGGCCGGCGCAGUCUCGGAGUAUGAGCGCGGGGAGGAUGUGUUGGACAUCUGGUUCGACAGCGGGGUGUCCUGGGCUGCAGUCCUGCAGGACUGGGAGCCCGACAGCAGCUCAGAGUCCACAGACUCCCGGCUGAGCUGGUUCUCCCUCCCCAGCGCCCUGACGCCAGAGUCAGAGCCACGUGCCGAUGUCUAUGUUGAGGGGAAGGACCAAUUGGGAGGCUGGUUCCAGUCCUCUCUGCUGACAAGCGUUGCUGUGCGCAACAAGGCCCCCUACAAAGCGCUGGUGGUGCACGGCUUUGCAGUCAGUGAGAAAGGGGAGAAGAUGUCCAAAUCUGUGGGAAACGUGGUGGAUCCUGACACUGUCAUCAACGGAGGCGAGGACCACUCAGUCUCACCCCCCUAUGGGGCGGAUGUACUGCGCUGGUGGGUGGCAGAGUCCAACGUCUUCUCUGAGGUGCAGAUCGGCCCAAACGCACUCAGCUCGGCACAGGAGAGCAUCAACAAGCUGAGGAACAAACUCCGGUUCCUGUUGGGGAAUCUGCAGGGGUUCGACCCCCGGACACAGGCGGUGGACCCCAAAGACAUGUACUACAUCGACCAGUACCUGCUGCACCUGCUCAGGCAGUACAGCAUCAAGGUGACAGAUGCCUACAGUCAGUUUGACACAGGCAGAGUGAUCAGACUCCUGCAGCGUUUCAUAUCCAGAGAUCUCUCCAGCUUCUACUUCAGCAUCAUUAAGGACAGGCUCUACUGCGAUCCGGAGGACUCGAUUGGCCGGCGGUCGUGUCAGACGGUGCUGGAGGAGAUUCUGGACGGUGUGACUCGCUCCAUCGCAUCUGUCCUGCCUCACCUUGCAGAGGAGGUGUACCUGCAUGCACCGGGACAUGACGAGGGGGAGACCCUUUUCCGCAGUGGCUGGAUUAAGAGUAGCUCGGUGUGGCAGAAGCCAGGGCUGGAGGAGGUGGUGGAGGGGGCCUGUGCCAUCAGAGACUCCUUCCUGUCCUCCAUCCCGGGACGCAACUCGGCCGAGUACGACCUCAUCAUCGCCAUUGAACCCGGGCUCUUCUUCGAGCUCAUGGAGUCCCUGCAGGAAGAGCCCACCUCCUCCACUUCCCAGCUGACGGAGCUGAUGAUGUCAUCGCGCACCACCCUGGUCAGCGACAUGCCGCGGGACCUGCCGUCAGAUGCACUCACCAGCAGGGGGAGCUUCCUCAUCAAUUUAGAGGGUGGCGUCAUCCGUGAGGAGAGCUCUUACAGUGUGGCGGCCAUGCCCUCCUCCCUGUCCCGCUGCCCCCGAUGCCGGAGAUACACCUCCAAGUCACCGGACUGCCUGUGCCCACGAUGCCAGAAUGUCGUCACAGGGGUCAACUGACACUCUCAGCCCCCCUCCGCUCUGUCUUUUGCCUCUACGCCUCUCCACCCCUUCUGCCUGGCUUAGACCACUAACACCCACAGAGGCCAAUCACCAGUCUUUGUGGGGCAAGGACCAGAGGGCACUGCUGAUUGGCUCCUCGCUUCACUGUCAUUUUUCUGGCCUCCUGCACAGUCAGUAAGCAUGCAGUACCAAUAUCUGCCAGCAGUGGAGUGGGAGAAGUUGCUUCCAAGGCUGAAAGAGGGCCUUCCCAGGGAGACUUGUGCACAGAGAAAUUAGAUUCUGCAGCACAGGAAGUGACAUCAUGCGUAUACUCAUGAGUUGCACUCUGAGUCCCCUCCCUAGAGUGUGUUGCCACUUCUAAAGUGAACUCUCAGAAAGACAGAUGAGACUGUGCUACAGGACUUCUGCAGUCGAUGUUGGUUUCUUUUUGUAGAUUUGUGUAAUGAGGUGAGAGGGGGGCCUUGUCUUUUAUUUUUAUUGUGUUGUUGCUUGUGGUGGCACGCCAGAACAUACCGGAUGAAUGAUAGACUCUAUAAAGUGAUGAUGGUAGAGAGAGUGACUUUUCUACAGCACUUGUGGUUUGCUAAAUUCUCCUAGGUUUCCUCUCAAGGUCUCUGUAAGGAUGGCAGCCUUGUCACACAGCAGUGAUAAGUAUGUAUUUGCCACUGUACUAAAUCAAUAAAGCUUUG